GCACCGAGCGUCGCUAUGGAGAGGAACCCCAUCCCGGUGCUGACGGUGCAGACGACGCCCUACGAGGACCAGCGGCCGACGGGCGGCGGGGGGCUGCGGCGGCCCACGGGCCUCUUCGAGAGCCAGCGCAACUACCUGCCCAACUUCGUGCAGAGCCUGCUCUCCUCCGUCGACCUCCGCGACCGCCAGGGCUGCACCAUGGUGGUGGGCAGCGACGGCCGCUACUUCAGCAAGACGGCCAUCGAGAUCGUCGUCCAAAUGGCCGCGGCCAACGGGAUCGGCAGACUGGUUAUUGGGCAGAAUGGUAUCUUAUCCACACCUGCUGUUUCAUGUAUUAUUCGAAAGAUAAAAGCAGCUGGUGGGAUUAUUUUAACAGCCAGCCACAGUCCUGGGGGACCUGGAGGAGAGUUUGGAGUCAAGUUUGAGGUUGCAAAUGGAGGACCUGCUCCAGAUGUAGUUUCAGAUAAGAUUUAUCAAAUCAGCAAAACCUUGGAAGAAUAUGCCAUUUGUCCUGAUCUCAGAGUUGAUUUAUCUCGCUUAGGAAGACAAGAGUUUGAUCUGGAGAACAAAUUCAAACCUUUCCGAGUGGAAAUUGUUGAUUCUGUGGAUAUCUACCUCAAUCUCCUUCGAAAUAUCUUUGACUUCAACGCAAUCAGAAAUUUACUGACUGGACCCAACCAGAUCAAAAUAAGGAUUGAUGCCAUGAAUGGAGUUAUGGGACCUUACGUGAGAAGAAUCCUCUGUGAUGAAUUAGGAGCUCCUGCAAACUCUGCUAUAAACUGUAUUCCUCUGGAGGAUUUUGGUGGACAGCGUCCUGAUCCCAAUUUAACAUAUGCAACUGCCUUGCUGGAGGCUAUGAGAGGUGGAGAGUAUGGGUUUGGAGCUGCUUUUGAUGCUGAUGGAGUAAGUAUUGUGAUCG